GCAACAAUUUAUUGUUGAAUGGGUUUAGUAAUGGCGCCAUGCCAUUGCUGCCAUAAGAAUGGAAUAAAAAGUGAAGUGCGCGUGUGGGGCAGUUGGGGCAGUUGUCAUCCAGAAUUCCACAAUUGGAAAGGAAUCCCCCUCCCACAACGACACGAUACACCUUAGCAGUCGUCGUAUUAACGAGAAGGAAAUAAAUUUGUGCACCUGUAUUAGUCGGAAUACCUCCACAAUUCUCAAUGACGAAUUAGGCGUUAUUCAUCCCUUCGCGAUACACGUCUCCAUCCUCUGGAUAAUCGCCAAACUCCAGGAUUAUGUUAUAACCCAGUGUUUCGGUGUUAUCAGAGUGAAUUUCAACAGCAGACGAUUAGCAAAUUAACAAUUAACUCGAGGCGUUGAACUUAAGAAUUGUUUGUCCGAUGAUAUGGGUCACAGGUGAUGAGUGUGUACCAAUUGCCAACAUCGUCCCUUACGUUCACCAGUAAACUCAAUAUCAACGAUAUAUUGAUAUCGGCUUUUGAGUCGAGUAUACGACGUGGGAAAGGAAUAUUUCACAGCAAAACCAUAUCCACCGACGAGCUGGCUCUACUAGGGAAGCUGGAAGAGGCUAAUAGGCUGAUCGAGGAAGAUGUGAAAUCCUGCAAUUCCCUGCAGACUCACAGCCGAAAGAAUUCGGAGACCUCGAAGGAGAGCGGAUCGAUUGUAGAGGGAGAAAAUGACUCCUCUUCACAGCACGAGACCCCGAGCGACGGUGAAGUGGAUGUUUGGAAACGAUGGGGCCAUAUCGUAGCUGACUGGGAGAAUUACUCGAAGAAGCACAAGGACUUCGUCAAGGAGCUAGUGAAACAGGGAAUUCCCCAUCACUUCAGGGGUAUCGUCUGGCAGUUGCUGUGUGGAGCUCACGAUUCACCCGUGAAGAAGCAAUUCGCUGAGUACAUCAAGGCCACGUCAGCUUGCGAGAGAAUAAUUCGUCGAGACAUAGCACGAACAUAUCCUGAGCAUGAAUUCUUUAAAGAGAAGGAUGGAUUGGGCCAGGAGAGUCUUUUCAACGUCAUGAAGGCGUACAGUCUUCAUGAUCGUGAAGUGGGCUACUGCCAGGGGUCGGGCUUCAUCGUUGGGCUAUUACUAAUGCAACAGAUGCCUGAAGAGGAGGCAUUUGCAGUGCUGGUGGCCCUCAUGCAGGAAUAUCGUCUCCGCGACAUGUUUAAGCCGAGCAUGGCUGAACUAGGUGUUUGCAUGUAUCAAUUGGAGCACCUGGUGACUGAUAUAUAUCCGGAUUUAGCUGCUCAUUUCACUGCUCAGAGUUUUCAUACCUCGAUGUACGCCUCUUCCUGGUUCCUCACAUUGUUCACCACAGCCUUGAGUCUACCCCUGGCAUGUCGUAUCUUCGAUGUCUUCCUGAUGGAGGGAAUGGAGAUAAUUUUUAAAGUGGCACUGGCGAUGCUAGAACUGGGACGGGAGGAGUUGCUCAGCCUCGAUAUGGAGGGAAUGCUCAAGUUCUUCCAGAAGGAACUGCCCGGUAGAGCUGAGAAGGACCCCGAGGCACUUCUCAAUUUCGCCUACAGGCUGAAGAUAAAUUCAAAACGAAUGAAAAAACUCGAGAAGGAUUACACAGUUCUCAAAAUGAAGGAGCAAGAGGAAAUGGUGGAGCUUCGUCGUCUUCGAGCUGAGAAUCGUCUCUUACGACAGAGAACCGAGCUGUUGGAGGCUGAAUCAGCUGAGUUGGCUGAUCGCCUUGUGAAGGGUCAGGUGUCCAGGGCGGAGGAGGAGGAGACAACUUUCGUGGUACAGAGAGAACUUGCAGCUCUUCGACAUUCCCACCUGGAGACUUCCCAUCAGCUGGAGCAGGCGCACGAGGAACUGAGGUCCAUGUCAAUGCUCCUAGAGGAGAAUAUGUCUUCCAAACAAUCUUCCAUCGACGAGAUCAUGUCGAAGCAGGAGGCGUUGAGCCAGAAGGAGGAGAUGGUGGAGUGUCUGCAGCAGGAGCUUGUCAGGGUGAGGCUCCACGAGGCUGAGAAUGACGCCACAAUCAGGGACUUGAGGGCCAGAAUUCAGGAACUCGAGCAGGACAAGAAAACUCUGAGGGAAUCUACACCAGAUAAUUCUGUUGCUCAUCUCCAGGAGGAGCUCAUUGCUGUCAAGCUGAGGGAGGCAGAGGCCAAUCUGUCAUUGAAGGAUCUCAAGCAGAGGGUCAGUGAGCUUAGCACAGCCUGGCAGAGACAUCUCCAGGAGCAUAGGUCUGCGCAAUCAGCCCCUGCUGCUGACUCCACUCCGAAGAAGCUCCUCUUCUGGGAGAACAGGGGCCACGAGGUGCAGAAACUUGAGGAGGACUUGAUGUCUACUAGGGUCAGGGAGAUGGUCGUACUUAGUGAAGUUAAGGAGCUCAGGCUCAAGGUGAUGGAACUGGAGACUCAGGUUCAGGUCGCGACGAAUCAGUUGAGACGACAGGAUGAUGGGGAGAAGGCUCUCAGGGAGGAGUUCGAGGCGGCACUCGUCAGAGAGAAGGAGCUCGCGAGCAAAUUGAGGGAACAAUUGCACAAGUACUCGGAUCUUGAGGGCAAAAUGAAGGACGACGCUAUGAUGGCGAGGAUCAGGGAUGCUGAGCAUGCACAACAUGUCGCUGAGUUGACGCAGAAAAUUUCACUGCUCGAAUUGAAGAAUGAAGAAAUGUACGCAGAAGGUGAACUGAGGAAUAAUCUUGAUGACAGUGAGCGAGAGCGAGAUUUGCAGGACAAAGUCGCAGAAUUGACAGCAGAGAUCUUGAGAUUGAGAAACAGCAAACGCCAGUGGACAGGCUCAAGUGAUAAAAAUUUCACAAUCGACACUGAGAGUGAAAUUGACGAUCUGCGUAUUUGCCUGCAAGACCAAAUGAUGAAUUCAACAUCAUCGAGUUCAUCGAGGCUCUAGCACACCCAAGAGCUUGCAUCGAUUGAUCCAUUUAUGGAUUUACCAUCGAUGCGAGCUAUAAACACUUAUUAAAUUAAUUAAAUUUAUAGGCGUAUGUAUAUGGCACAAUACAAAGUAUUGCAUUAUUGCAUUUUAGUAUUAGAGGCUCUGCUUUUAAUAAGUGAAUUCUUUAUAAGAAAAUUGAGUGAUAAGGAUUAUUGUAAUGAGCAAAUGAUGAUAGUGAAAUUACGUGAGUUAUUAGUUUCUGUGAGACAUAUAUUUAUAGUGUUUUAGAUUGUUUUCACGUGAUGAAACAUUCGAACUGUUGGUCCAUUGUUACUUCAAAUGAUUUUAUUGACUUUUGACUUUUUUUUUCUAUUUUAUUGAAUUUUAAUUAUGAUAACUGUUCAGCAGUUGGAUUAUCCUAUUUUAAGGGGCCAAUCGUAGGAAAAUUGCAGAGUUAAGAUCUUUGAUUUUUCCAUGUGGUGUUCCAAUUAUUUAUUAAUGUAAUUGUAGCUGUAUUGUGCACACGUGCAAUUCUUCUUGUGAAUGUAACUGAUGCAACUGCUGAUGUGGUGGAAGCACCAGUUUUGGAGAUGAUUUGAAU